AUGGCAUCACUGACUCAAUGGAUGAGUUUUUGUAAGCUCCGGGAGAUGGUUAAGGAUAGGGAAGCCUGGCGUGCUGCAGUCCAUGGGGUCUCAAAGAGUCAGACAAGACUCAGCGACAGAACAACAAGAGCACCAUCCAGGGGUGAGUUUUGCAGGUGCCACGUGUGGAGCGAAGCCCUGAUGAAGGGAGGUGGUACCCAAUGUAUUGUUAAAGACCUGUUAUUGAGCUUCUUUCUGGAACAUAACAGGCCCCAAACCUGGGACAUCAUCUGUGAUGCCUCCUUCCACUUCAUCUGCCAGAGCCAUUUAGCCCCCAGGGUCUGCUUGCCAUCUCCCAGUGCACCCCAUCUUCUCCAUCCUUCAACCCCCAUCUUUUCCUUGAAUUUUUGUAGCAAUGCUUACACAGGGUUCUCUGUCUCUAAUUUCUCCUCCUUCGAAGUGGGCCUCUAA